UCCGUUGAUUAAGUGAUUAGACGCUUCAGAUUGGUAGUUGGAUCUGUCCUCUCGUGCUUUUAUUAGUACAGAUGAUUUACCUAAUGAUUAAAAGUGCUAAACAAUUAAUCUACAACAAUAAAAACAUCUACUAAAAUAUUGUGAAAUGAGAUAGUAUAUUAUGCGUAUCUAAUACGUGAAAAAUAGUCCGAAAAACAAAUUCCCAAGCUUUUUUAAGCCAGGAUAUACGUUUUUACGAGAAAAAAAUGGACAACCAGCCGAAUCAGACUAUUCCCAGCCGGCCCGACCACUUUUAUUUUUAGCUAGCCCGACAGCCACCCUUUUUUUUCUAAAGCCCGUCAAGCCGGCCUGGCCAGCAACAAGCAACCCACCGGGACAAUAGGGUUUCGUAGCGCCCGAGUGGGUGGUGGCGGCGGCACCUGGCUGAGGCCCGAGCGGCCAGCAGGGCACAGCAGUGCGCGGGGCGCAGCGGCCGGCCGGCAGGGGGCGGCGGCUUGGCGCACGGCAGUGGGGGGCGGCCUGGCGCGUGCGGCCGCGGCCUGCAACACGCAGGGCGCGCGGCUGGCAGCAUGCAGGGGUCGCAGCGGCGGCCUACAGCAGGCAGGACUUGCAGCGGCGAGCGGCGGGCAAGCUGCGGGUCUGAUGUGCGGCCCGUCGCGGUCGGGACGAGUUCGGGCGGCCGGCCUGAGGCGGGGCCGGAGGGCGCGGCGGCGGCCGUCCAGCAGUGCGCGGCGGCGCGGCCGGGCAAGCAGCCGGCGCGGUCGGGGACCGACGCUGCUCGACCAUGCGAUUCGUCCGUCGUGGAUGUCACCAAGUGAGCGUCAGCAGCCGAUGGCAACCGGCCAUCGAGUGACGCGGUUGCUGCCAGCAGCCGGCGUACGUGCUCAACAACGAUGUUAGCGUCAUCUGGACGCAACACAACGACGACAUGUCAACGGACGGUGACACAGCGACGUUGGCGUCAGCACCGUCUUCCUAAAAUCUGCGCGUUGGUGCAGCAGGCACACGGUGGACACGUGCACAUAACUGAUGCAUCGUGGCUCUGCCGUGCUCGUGUGUAGCAUG